UUCAGUUUUUCCAUUGUGUGAAAUCACCGUACCCGUAUCUUCGGCCCGAGAACGCCUCUCCUCCGCCGCUCCGAUCAUCUGGCCCUCCUAUUUCUCUGAGCUCAAUCCAGAGAGAGAAAGAAAAACGUCGUCUCUCUCCCUCUCUCCCUCUCUCCCUCUCGAGUUCUUGCUUACUGGCUGCGGUGCUUCCUUUCCUCCAGUCAAUCUCUUUGAUCAGGGCCUUUUUCUUUCAUUCCUAGGGUUCGAGAGCCCUGAUCUUCAUCCAUCUCAUGGGCAUCGAAGGAGAAUCGAUCGACUCAAGCGCCGCUAGCGUCGGCAAGUCCCUUCUCGCUACCGUCAACGUCCGCUGCUCCAACGGCUCCAAAUUCUCCGUUCAGAUCGCGCUCGACGCCACCGUCGGCGCCUUCAAGACCCUCCUUGCUGAGAAGUCCGAUGUUCCGACGCAGCAGCAGAGGUUGAUCUACAAAGGGCGGAUUUUGAAGGACGAGCAGACCCUAGAGAGCUACGGCUUGGAGUCCGAUCAUACAGUUCACUUGGUUCGUGGUGCUGUGCUGUCCACUGCAUCUACAAAUAGUUCAGCCAAUCUUGGUACUUCAGCUGCAGGUACCACUGCAGCAGCUCCAAGAGAUGCUAGUUCCACUGAUGGUGGGGACUUUAGUGGUGUUGGCUCUGCUUCUCCAUUAUUCCCUGGACUUGGUGCUAGUGGGCUUUUUGGUACUGGUGCUUCUGGCUUACUUGGGUCCGGAUUUUCUGAGUUUGAUCAAGUGCAGCAGCAGCUUACUCAGAAUCCAAACAUGAUGAGGGAUAUGCUGAACAUGCCAGCCAUUCAAAAUUUAAUGAAUAAUCCUGAUUUGGUGCGCAAUCUCAUUAUGAGCAAUCCCCAAAUGCGGGAGAUACUAGACCGCAAUCCUGAUCUUGCACAUGUCCUAAAUGAUCCCAGCACUCUUAGGCAGACUCUGGAAGCUGCUAGAAAUCCUGAAUUAAUGAGAGAAAUGAUGCGGAAUACAGACAGAGCUAUGAGCAAUAUCGAGUCCUCACCAGAAGGGUUUAACAUGCUCAGGCGUAUGUAUGAAACUGUGCAGGAGCCAUUCCUAAAUGCAACGACCAUGGCUGGAAACACUGGUGGGGAUGGUUCAAAUCCAUUUGCAGCCCUCUUGGGGAACCAUGCAAACACACAGUCAAGGGAUCGGUCAACAAACUCAUCAGUUACUAAUUCAGAUGUAACAAAUGGUUCUUCACCAAAUAGCAACCCACUUCCUAAUCCAUGGAACAAUGCUGGACCUACACCAACAACAAAUACAAGAUCAACCCCUAAUGGUGAGGCAAGGUCUGCUGUAUUUGGUGGGCUUGGUGGUCCGGAUCUUGGCGCUGGUGGCAUGCCUGACCCAUCUGUCCUGAGUCAGGUGUUGCAAAAUCCAGCCAUGGCACAAAUGAUGCAAUCUAUGCUAUCAAAUCCGCAAUAUAUCAGCCAGAUAUUGAAUAUGAAUCCACAGCUUCGUAGCAUGAUGGAAUCAAAUACACAGUUGAGAGAAAUGUUACAAAAUCCAGAAUUUCUUCGGCAGCUAGCAUCACCUGAGACAUUGCAGCAAGUUCUGUCAUUACAACAAUCUCUUUUUACACUGAUUGGUCGGCAGCAGUUGAACCAGGUACAAAACCAGAGCAAUGGUGCCACAGGAAUGGAACAUUUGAUGCAGAUGUUUGGCGGACUGGGGGCAGGCGUUAAUCAUGGUGUUCCCAGCAACCCUGAUGUGCCACCCGAAGAGCUGUAUGCCACACAGCUUUCUCAGCUUCAGGAAAUGGGUUUCUUUGAUACCCAGGAGAACAUCCGAGCCCUCAUUGCUACUGCUGGAAAUGUCCAUGCCGCUGUGGAGAGGCUAUUGGGAAGCAUGGGUCAUUAGAUUCAAGGUAAACUCUCUCUUGUGUACCUUCUCCCUUUUCAACAUCAAUUUAAGAUGGUCUGUAAGGCCCUCCCGUGUAUUCCACACGCUUGUUUUCCCUUUAUGAUAAUCAAGUGCUUCCUCACUGCUGCUUGUUUCCUGGUAUGGAAUAACUAGCAGUGUCGUUCAAAAGCUCUGUGCUUUAUUUGCUGCUAUAUGGGAGUUCAUAGUUUGAUUUUAAUCUGUUUACUAAGUUGAUCAUGCUAAAGACAGCUUUUGUAUAUACAUUUGCUUAAAGCCUGCCUGUCAUUUUGUGAUUUGUUCAUAAUCCAUGAUUAUGGUUGUGGGUGCUGAUGAUUUAUGUUCCAGAAUCUUUUGAAGAAAAUGUUGUUUGGUUCAGUUUUAUAUAUACCUUUGUUAUAAAGUUGAGUUCAUUGUUGUACUAUCUAAUUGGUACUUAAUCCAACUUUGCUUUCAGAACUA